AUGAGAGAUCGGCCCGUCAUCAGUAUCGCAAAUUACACCAUAUGCGAUGAGAACAAAGUAGAUGGCUGCGCAAUAGCUGUGAGGAACGAUUACAAGAAGCUGGACGUCGCGUUCGACUCUGACCACCAUUCAGUUCUUCUCAGCCUCGAGAUACGGUUCCACAGGAGAAACCGAGGAGUUCCUCUUCAACCGAAAAUCGACAUGAACGCUGCAAGGGAAACGUUCCCAGUUCUAUUGCCGCGGAAGAAGUUCGUCCUUGCAUCUGCGGAAACAAAAUCAACGUACAAUUCUGUAUGUGUCGCGCGCAGCACUGGUGACUUCAACCAGGAAAAGCGUCUUAGAGGGAAGUUGCGUUGUCAGCUGCAACAGGACCGCGAUAACGAGUGGACGUCAAGAGCGAUGGAGUUUGAAAAGGCGUAG